GCCUCCAGUAGCCUACAGAGCUGUGGUUUGUAUGCCGCGUUUCAACUUUAGCAACUGCUCAAUUUCAAGGAAUAACAGAUAUUAACGAGAACAACAAAGUGGGAUUGUGUGUAUGCUCGAGACAAGAGUAGAGAAUAGGAGACAAAUAUUGCAAGUUUAGGAGAUUGCCAAGUUCAUUUGGAGCCAUAGCUUUGUUGCCGGGAAAUCGUGCAGGAUCUCCGCGGCUUCAUUCGUACAUUGGGGACGGAGAAGGCGAAUUUAGUAGGAUUUUGUUAACUGCCUUCUAAAUGACUGUUAUGACUGGAAUCGACAUAAUUUCCAACGGGCAAUAAUAACCAGGUACCUGGACUCUCUCUCCUCCUCUGUGUCUGGAAGCGGAGGGACCAUGCUGUGGGACAAACUGUGGUGGCUGUCCACCUUGCUGGCCCUGUCUGCCCAGGCACUACCCACACUGCCCAUUGAGCCCCUCUCUGCCCCUCGGGUUUUCCUCUCCUUCAAAGAGCUGAGGUCUACUGGCACUGCCCACCACUUCUCCUUCCUGCUCAACUCAACUGACUACCGUAUCCUGCGUAUGGACGAGGACCACGACCGCAUGUACGUCGGCAGCAAGGACUACAUCCUGUCCCUGGACCUGCAUGACAUCAACAAGGAGCCGCUCAUAAUUCACUGGCCUGUGGCUCCUCAGAGGAAGACAGAGUGUGUUUUGUCGGGGAAGGAUACCAACGGGGAAUGUGGGAACUUCAUCCGUUUGAUCGAGCCGUGGAACCGGACCCACCUAUACGUGUGUGGAACAGGGGCCUACAACCCCAUCUGCACCUAUGUGGACCGCGGACGCAGGUCCCAGGCCCACUACCUGCAGGUGGCCCAGUCCGGAGGGAGGACCAACCGGGCGGCAGAUUUCAGCACUACAGCAGGGCCUGUGGAGCCAAAGGAAUAUAUCUUCCGUUUGGAGCCAGGCAAAGUGGAUUCGGGGAAAGGCAAAUGUCCUUACGACCCUAAACUCAACAGCGUCUCAGCUUUGAUCAAUGGGGAGCUCUACGCAGGGGUCUACAUUGACUUCAUGGGGACAGACGCGUCCAUCUUCCGUACUCUGGGGAAACAGACAGCCAUGAGGACGGACCAAUACAACUCCAUAUGGUUAAAUGAUCCCACAUUCAUCAAGGCGCACCUCAUCCCAGACAGUGCUGAGAAGAACGAUGACAAGCUCUACUUCUUCUUCCGGGAGAAGGCUUCAGAGAUGGGCCAGAGUCCCAUGGCCCAGUCCAGGAUAGGCAGGAUCUGUCUGAAUGAUGAUGGUGGACACUGCUGUCUGGUCAACAAGUGGAGCACUUUCCUGAAGGCCAGACUCAUCUGCUCUGUACCUGGAGUGGACGGCAUAGAGACCCACUUUGAUGAGCUCCGAGACGUGUUCAUCCAGCCAACUCAGGACAUCAAGAAUCCUGUCAUCUAUGGCGUGUUCUCAGUUUCAGGGUCAGUGUUCAAGGGCUCAGCAGUGUGUGUCUACUCCAUGGCUGACAUCCGUCAGGUCUUCAAUGGACCCUAUGCUCACAAGGAGGGGCCCAACUACCAGUGGGUGGCCUACACUGGGAAGAUCCCCUACCCUCGGCCUGGGACGUGUCCCGGAGGUACGUUCACCCCCAACAUGAAGUCCACUAAGGAUUACCCAGACGAGGUGAUUAACUUCAUGCGGAACCACCCCACCAUGUACAACGCUGUGUACCCAAUACACAAGCGCCCCCUGGUGGUCCGGAACAAUGUGGACUAUGAGUUCACCACCAUCACUGUGGACCAGGUGGCCGCUGCCGAUGGGAGCUACGAGGUCCUAUUCCUGGGGACAGACAGGGGGACGGUUCAGAAGGUGAUUGUCCUACCCAGAGAUGACCUGCAGACAGAGGAGCUGGUUCUGGAGGAGGUGGAGGUGUUCAGGGUGCCAACUCCCAUAACCACCAUGAAGAUUUCAUCCAAAAGGCAACAGCUGUACGUGGGUUCAGUGUUGGGUGUGACCCACCUUGCCCUCCAUCGCUGUGACGUGUACGGGGAGGCGUGUGCUGACUGCUGCCUGGCCCGGGACCCUUACUGCGCCUGGGACGGCAAGUCCUGUACCCGCUACUCUGUCUCGCAAAAGAGAUCUGACCCCUCUAGGCGCAGCCGUCGACAGGAUGUAAAGUAUGGUAACCCAAUCCACCAGUGCAGAGGCUAUAACUCUAACGCCAAUAAGAACACGCUGGAGAUGGUGCAGUAUGGGGUGGAGGGCAGCACUACGUUCCUGGAAUGUCAGGCCAGGUCCCCUCAUGUGUCUCUAAAAUGGCACCUGCAGAGGGAGAACAGCGACAGGAGGAAAGAGAUCCGCUCUGAGGGCCGGACAGUGAAAACAGAGCAAGGUCUCCUGCUGCGUUCCCUCCAGUCGUCCGACAGCGGAGUCUACCAGUGCACGUCCACAGAGAAGAACUUCAAACACACGUUGGUCAAGCUGCAGCUGGUGGUCCUGUCCAGCCGCACGGUCAACAACGUCCUGGUGGAGACGGGCAGCCCGGCCCAACCACCCCUCCAGUCCAGCGCAUGGACCCCCAGCGCGGGUCAGUACAAGGACCUGCUGACCAUCCUGAGCCAGCCGGAGAUGGGCCUGAUCAACCAAUACUGUCAGGACUACUGGCAGCUGGGAGAGGGCAGUCCGGGGGACCCCAUACUGGCCAUCAGCAAGGCCAGGGGACUCAAGGAGCUGAAAGAGCAGAAGAAGCCCCGCAACCGCCGGCAUCACAAUGAUGAGGAUGACGAAGAUGAGCACACCAACCCAGCCGAGACAUGAAUCCCUGGACUUACACCACAGGCCACACACUACCCCCUACACCCUGACACACAACCCCUUGUCCCCUCCACUCUCUCCCUCUCUGCACACCCCUCCAAAAAUGGGAAAGACUUCAAUUUAAAGGAUUCAAAAACUGAAUGAUCAAAAGCAACAAGAAAGAGAAACCACUACAAAAAGCAACAAUAGCAAGCAACAAACAGAUUAUUCUUAACUGUUAAAAAAAGAUACACAGUAUUUAUUGUAGGUUGUACAUAGUAAGAUUCUGUGGAUUUCUUUGUACUUAAAUAGAAAACAAGGCUUUUUUUGUGAAUAGGUAGAUCUGUGCAAAUAUUAUUGUUAUUAUAAUGCUAUUAUUGUUGUUAGUGUCAUUGUUUAUUACAAAUUGUGUUAUUAUAUUGCAAAGAUCUUUAUGUUCUGUCUUUUGGAGGAAGCGCAGCAAAACAUUGAAAGGACAUUUGAAAGUGUAAAUAUCUCCAGCUGUAUGGACUGAUAAGAAUGCCUUCAGAAAGGUUUUAGUAUGUUGGCUCCAUGUUGGGUCAUUUGACUGCUGGCAGUAUGUAGUCUUUGAGGUGGGAGGAGUCAGAUCACGGAUGGAGUGAUGACUCAGAACCUCCCCCAAAGCCAUGAUGGACAGUUAAUUCCCACAGCCAAUGGACUAUAAGGAUGGCACUUCAUAGCAUUUCAUUGGACACGCAGAGGAAAUGCCCAUAGGAGACUGCAGCUUUAAGUUUGUCCCACGGCCACAGAGAGACACUAGAGUGAAAGGUCUUGUGGGAAAUAACAUCCUCCUCUUCCUUCGCCCGCUGAACUGACACUAGGGUGAAACAAGACUUAACCCCAAAUCCCCUGUGUUCCACUCUUCUUGGGCCAUGUGGUCCAAUCUGGCUUUCAUUCAACCCCAUGUGUUACAUUUACAUUCAUAUUCCCAGUCUCUUCCAGAACUAGUUGAUGUGGGCUGUUUGUGUAGAAUAUGUGUAACUAUAACACUCAAUGUUGUACCCUUGAGGCCGUGAUGGUUAGAAUAAGCUGUUUUGGGGGGGGGACUUUGUUUGUUGUCAUGGGAUUUAAAUAACAUUGCCUUCUCUUUGUACACCGUUGUUCAAUUGAGAUUAAAAUUUCAAGCAGGCA